AUGAAGGUCUUCGUCGUUCUCGCCGUAAUCCUGGCCGUGUCCGCUGCUGCCCCACAGUUUGGAGGUGGCAGUGCCAACGCCAACGCCAAUGCCAAUGCGCCAGCUGCAGAUGAAGGUGAAUUGGUGUUAGUUGGAAUCAAAAAGGUAUAUGGACGAACGGGCGGAUUCGGCCCAGCAACAAUAACAGGAUUUGAAGGAACCAAUUCCUAUGUUAAUGUUAAUGCUGUUGCUAACGCCAACGCCAGCUCCCGCGGUGGUGGUGACGCUAAUGCCAAUGCUAGUGCUAGCUUUAACGCCUUUGGUAAAUAA